GGGAAGUGAGAACGAGGAAGUUCCCAGGUUGAGUAAUAUGGUGCUGUGCGAGGGCGGAGCCAGGGGGGGCGCUGUUGCGUUAUUAUGGGGGGAGCCCUCGCUCAGCCUAGGAAGCGUCUGCAGCGAAGGCUGGGAAGGAAUUGGAGAUGAACAAGCCCAUAACUCCUUCAACAUAUGUGCGCUCCCUCGGCUAUGGCAUGAUGAUGCAACUGGCCGAUUUUAUUGAUCCGCAGGAAGGAUGGAAGAAAUUGGCAGUAGAUAUUAAAGAUCCCUCUGGAGAGAACAGAUACAGUCAAAUGCAUAUAAGGAGAAUUGAAGCACUAAAACAAGAAGGAAAGAGCCCUACCUGUGAAUUACUUUAUGACUGGGGUACAGUAAACUGUACAGUUAGUGAUCUGGUGGAGGUGCUGAUUAGGAAUCACUUCUUGGCACCAGCCAGACUUCUCCUUCCAGAUGCUGUAAGUGUGAAAGAAGAAAUUUCAGUGCCCUUAUCUUUACAAGAAACAAUGUGUCUAAAUGAAAAAGAAGCUCCUGCAGAGGAAAAGCAAGUAACACCUCAGUUGCUUCUCCCAGCUCCACACAGUGAACGCUUAACUUCAGUUUCUUGUGGUCUAAGUAUUGAGGAAAGCAGCUCAGUUCUUAACAAUACAGGAUUGCAGAACUUUCUCUUUCAUGAGCUCAAAAGCUUUACAAAUAACUUUGAUGAUAAAACAGUGGCAGCUGGUGGCAGCAAGCUUGGUGAAGGAGGCUUUGGCAUCGUAUACAAAGGGUGCAUCAAUGGCAGAACGGUGGCAGUGAAAAAACUUACUGCUCUAGCUGAUGUAAAUAUUGAAGACCUAAAAAAGCAGUUUGAACAAGAAAUAAAAAUAAUGGCAAAGUGUCAGCAUGAGAAUCUAGUAGAAUUGUUUGGCUUCUCAAAUGACUUUGAUCAACCUUGCCUUGUUUAUGAUUAUAUGCCUAAUGGCUCAUUGCUUGACAGACUAGCUUGUCUGGAUAAUACUGCACCAAUUCCUUGGAAAACAAGAUGUAAUAUUGCUAACGGUUCAUCAAAUGGAAUCUGCUUUUUACAUGAAAAUAACCACAUUCAUCGUGAUGUUAAAAGUGCAAAUAUCUUACUAACCGAGAGAUUUGUGCCAAAACUUUCUGACUUUGGACUUGCAAGGGCUUCAGUAAGGUUCACCCAUACCAUCCUAACAGAGAGGAUAGUGGGAACAGCAGCCUAUAUGGCCCCAGAGGCUUUGCGUGGAGAGAUCACUCCUAAAUCAGAUGUCUUCAGCUUUGGAGUGGUUUUACUUGAAAUAAUAACUGGGCUCAGUCCUGUGGAUGAAAAUCGAGAUCCCCAGUUGCUGUUGACUAUCAAAGAGGAAAUUGAAGAUGAAGAAAAGACUCUUGAAGAUUAUGUUGAUGAAAAGAUGAGCAGUUGGAGUAUUGAAUCAGUUGAACAGAUGUAUUCAAUUGCUUGCCAGUGCCUGAAUGAAAAGAAGAACCGGAGGCCAAAUAUUAUGACGGUCAAACAACAUUUAGAAGAAAUGAUUAUUAAAUAAGGUCUCUUUCUGUGACCAGGCUUUGGUAUCUAAACAAACUAUUUGUUUUCUUGAGCAGACAUGGUGUUUGUUCUGCAGGGUUGUUAAAAUCUGUGGAUUUUUUUUAAUGAUGUAUGUUUUGUGACCCUCCUAUUUUUGUUAUAUUUCUUGUACUAUAGAGCAAGGGUGGACAAAAAGUGUCUAAUGGGCUCCAUGAAGUCCUCUUAGCACCUGUUUGUGAUCCUUGGUCCCUUCCUCACCAGCUCACUCUAGAGUGAUGCACAUUAAACACUUACUCAAAUGUGUUCCUCUAAUCCCAGGGUAGGUAAUUGGUGACUCUCCAGAUCUUGUUGGACUACAAUUGCUGUCAUCCCUCCCUGUUGCCUGUGCUGGUUAGGGUUCAUGGGAUUUAUAAUUCAAUAACAUUUGAGGAGCCAUGUUAUAAAUGAACCAGUGAUGUAGCCAAAGGGGGGGGGGGUCUGGAGCCCCCCCCACCCCCGUUCUGUGAAUUAAUGUUAAAAAUAAUAUCAACCAAACUUAAUCUAAUCACAAAAUAUGUUUUCCCCAGUGGAUCUAGUUAUCAUGAAAAAUAUUAAAAGUAAAUGAUGAUAGAUUUACGGUUUAAGAUUCAUUCAGUUAUAGUUAGGGUUGCCAUAGCAUGAGUUCUGGCAGGACAUUCCCGAUUUUUUACCUUUUGGGAAUGUCUCAUCCUGCUUAGACACAUGUCCUGGCCUCUUGAUCCCAAUCACCAUUUUUCCAGUCUCCCCCCCCCCCCCCCCCGGGCUUGGCCUCCCUUUCCCAACAACAUGGGCGGCCUGAGGGUGCAGCCAGGGGGCAAGCUGUUCCAGCUUCUCCAUCCCCAUUGGACAGGCUCAGAGGAGGAGGAGUUUUUCCAGAGAGAGAGCGCUGCUGAGGAAUGGAGGCAGGUGAUUGUGAGCAAGGCGGUGCAGUGCAGCAGACUAGAGACAAGCAGUUCCGACAAGGCCCGGUACUGGCAGGCCUCGCUGAACCAUUACUGCCACUUCCCUUUGGCCAUAUCCUCGCACCUGGUAGGCCUCUCUUGUGGGAGGAGGAAGAGCCCUCUGCUGCCCCAGUGAGACCUGCCAGUACCGAGCCUUGUCGGAGCUCCAUGUCUCUAGUCCUUUUCCAUUCAGCACAGUUUUGGUCAGCCAUUGAAAGCCCCUAGCUGUCUUUGGGUAAGUCACACUCUUUCAGCCUCAGAGGAUGGUGAUAGCAUGCCUGUCUGAAGAAACUUGCCCAGAAAACCCUUGAUAGUGGGAGGCCCAGUAAGGCCUAUCAAGGGGUUUUCUUGGCAAGGUUUCUACAGUUGGGGUUUACCCUUGCCAUCCUUUGAGGCUGAGAGAGUGUGACUCACCAAAGUGGAUUUUUAAUGCUUAAGCUGGGAAUUAAA